GCGGCGAUGUCCGCGAGCCAGGCGAGUGCCGCGGCGGCAGCGGCGGGGCCUCGCGCGCGGCAAGGCGGCCUAGGCUUCGGCCUCCCUCCGGUUCCCGGGAAGCGGGCCGGCGGCAAGCGCGGGAGCAGCAGCAGAGGCGGAGGCUCUGGCGCGUCCCUCACCUCAGCCUCUGCCUGAGCCGGGGGCAGGCCCGGCGGGCGGCCCGGGUGGCUGGAGUGGGGUCCGCUGCCCGAGGAUGGGAAUUCUCUUCACCAGGAUAUGGAGACUGUUCAAUCACCAGGAGCACAAAGUUAUCAUUGUUGGGCUGGAUAAUGCAGGGAAAACUACUAUUCUUUACCAAUUUUCUAUGAAUGAAGUUGUGCAUACAUCUCCUACAAUAGGAAGUAAUGUAGAAGAGAUAGUGGUUAAUAAUACGCGUUUCCUAAUGUGGGAUAUUGGUGGCCAAGAAUCUCUUCGUUCUUCCUGGAACACUUACUAUACGAACACUGAGUUUGUAAUAGUUGUUGUGGACAGUACAGACAGAGAAAGGAUUUCUGUCACUAGAGAAGAACUCUAUAAAAUGUUAGCACAUGAGGACCUAAGGAAAGCUGGAUUGCUGAUUUUUGCUAAUAAACAAGAUGUUAAAGAAUGCAUGACUGUAGCAGAAAUCUCCCAGUUUUUGAAGCUCACUUCUAUUAAGGAUCACCAGUGGCACAUCCAGGCAUGCUGCGCUCUUACUGGCGAGGGACUGUGCCAAGGACUUGAGUGGAUGAUGUCACGACUUAAGAUUAGAUGAUCUCUACUGACCUCGUCUCAUAUGGACUUUGUGUAAAC